AUGUUACGCACAAGCCGUUAUGUUUAUUUCAUAGGCGUUGUUGUGCUCUUUACUUUAAUCUUUUAUCUCGUUCCAAGGUUGCAGCAACCAUCACCAAGCCAACAGCAAAAAGGAUCUGUACAGCAACAACACCCACCACCAGCAACGCCACAAAACUAUGGCCAACAAUACAACGACGGGCAGGCACCCACUCGUUAUUUCUCUUGGCUUCCUCAUGGAGAGUUUGCCGAGCAGCAUGAAGCCUUCCGGAAUGCGAUUCGGAUAGCCUAUGAGACAAAGCGUAUCAUGGUAGCACCCAAGUUACGUCUUGGUCACCCGUAUCCAUGGCAGCCGUUCGAGCAAUUGAAACAACGAUACGAAGCCCAAGACAAGAGAGUACUUCGAGAACUAUGUCGUAGUGGUAGAGAGGAUUGGCGCACGCAGCUUGAGCCUUGUGAUACACUUGAUGAAUGGAUGGAAAUUAGCUGGUCAUCACUUUUCAACUUGCGAGCACUGGAAGAGGAAUUUGGAGUACGUGUGAUGGAAUGGCCUAAUCCAGCGAUACCCGUUGAUCAAGGCGUUGUGGUGGAUCCCAUGAGUUAUGCAGCCAAUGGAAGUAGCAUUGAGCAUGGUGCCAUCGUUAUGCAACCUGCAGAGCCAUUGACGAGUCCUCUCAAGAAGUAUCUCAGCUCGGAUGACCUCAUUGCUCUUGAUGCUCCGUUUAUCCAAUUUGGCGCCCUUUCUUCAGCAGCCCGAUAUAAAACUCGCCACAGCAAAGGGCAGUCCGCUUUGAGGCGCGCGCUCAACAGCCGAUUGUUUGUGACACCCGAUCAGCUGCGCCCACUUUCAUAUGCUGCUGAUCAAAUCUCUCAAGCAUUGGGUGGUCGAUCUCGUUACAGUGCAUUGCAUCUUAAUCUUCGACAACAAUUGGAACGAAGCGAACAUUCUCCUCAAAAGGUGAUGGAGGCUUCUGUCAUGGAAAUCUUUGGUGACAUUCCAAUCAAUCAAGCUGUUUCAGCCGCUAUGCUUGUCCAACCAUCACGCCUCGCUGAUAUGGUCAACCAAACAGGCUCACCCGAAUUACUCGAUGCAUGUGUCGAAUAUAGAAACACAAUCGACAAGCGUUACCCUAUUUAUUAUCUUGUCAACGAUGUGACGAAUGAUCCAAAGACACAACUCGAUCUUUUUGGUCCAUUGUAUCGGGCAUUCCCUUGUGUAUUCUCGAAGCAAGAUCUCAUGCAAUGGGGACGCUUGAAUAAGGAUUGGGCAGCUGAGAUUAAAGAAGAAGAAGCAGGAGGAGACCCCAAGGAUACAACAAAGUAUGAGGAUGUGCUGGCACCCAUCUUGGACAUUUUAGUGGCUUCAAGAGCAUACUCGUUCUUUGAGAUACCACAGACAGGAUUAACGCGAUUCAUGGCAUGGCAGCCCAAACAGUAA